AUGUCAGGGGACUCUCAGGUAGCCGGGUCCUUCGUGGCUGCAGACUACGUGGUGUUUGCCCUCAUGCUGUUGGUGUCGGCCGCCGUCGGGGUCUACUACGCCUGGACGGACAGGAGACAAAGGAGCUCCGGGGAUUUCCUAAUGGGGGGCCGAAGACUGACCGCCCUGCCCGUCUCCUUGUCCCUGACGGCCAGCUUCAUGUCGGCCAUCACGGUGCUGUCAAACCCAGCAGAGGUGUACCGCUAUGGAGCCAGUAUCGGGUUCUACGGUCUGUCCUAUGUGGUGACGAUGCUGGUCACCUCUGAGGUCUUUCUGCCAGUUUUCUACAAACUGGCCAUCACCAGCACUUAUGAGUAUCUGGAGCUGCGUUUCAACAGAGCGACUCGUCUGCUGGGGACGCUGCUCUUCAUCGUUCAGACCAUCCUCUACACUGGAAUCGUGAUCUACACUCCAGCUCUGGCUUUAAAUCAAGUGACGGGUUUGGAUCUGUGGGGCGCCGUCAUUUCUACAGGCGUGGUCUGCACCUUCUACUGCACAGUGGGCGGGCUGAAGGCAGUGGUGUGGACAGAUGUGUUUCAGUUGGGCGUGAUGAUCGCAGGGUUCCUGGCUGUUAUCGUCAGAUGUGUGAUGCUACAGGGCGGCGUCGUCAGCGUCGUCUCAGACUCGCAACGUGGAGGAAGACUCAACUUGUGGGACUUCGAUACGAACCCUCUGAGGAGACACACGUUCUGGACCAUAACCGUUGGAGGAACCUUCAUCUGGAUCAGCGUUUACGGGAUCAACCAGGCUCAGGUUCAGAGAUACAUCUCCUGCAAGAGCAUCACUCACGCCAGACUGUCCUUGUACAUCAACCUGCUGGGCCUGUGGUCCAUCCUGCUCUGCUCGGUGUUUGCAGGAAUGUGUCUGUACUCAGUCUAUAAACACUGUGACCCCUGGAAGACCGGCCUGGUCUCUGCUCCGGAUCAGCUGAUGCCGUACUUGGUGAUGGAUGUCCUGGGAGACUACCCGGGCCUUCCUGGACUCUUUGUCGCAGCAGCGUAUAGCGGAUCUCUGAGCACAGUGUCUUCCAGCAUCAAUGCUCUGGCUGCAGUGACAGUGGAGGACCUCAUCAAACCGUACACGAACAUCUCAGAGAAACGUCUGUCCUGGAUCUCUAAAGGAAUGAGUCUUCUAUUUGGGGUUUUAUGCAUUGGGAUGGCUGGACUGGCCUCUCUCAUGGGAGGGAUCUUACAGGCAACCAUCAGUAUAUUUGGGAUCAUUGGAGGUCCGUUACUUGGCCUGUUCACACUGGGCAUCAUCUGUCCAUGUGCCAACUCCAAAGGAGCGUUGUCGGGUCUCAUAUCAGGGCUGGUUGUGUCUCUGUGGGUCGGCAUCGGAGCCCAGAUCUACCCUCCUCCUCCCGAGAUGAGCCGGCCUCUGUCUCUGACCACCGAGGGUUGUAACUUCACCACUACCGGUUUCAACGGUAACUCCACCGCUCUCCCAACACAGCCAAGUUCUACCACCACAUCCCCAGCACUGAAUGGUACCAAGCCUCUGCUGGCAGACUGGUACUCUCUGUCCUACCUGUACUUCAGUCCAAUUGGAACCAUAGUAGUCGUCGGUGUGGGACUCAUAGUCAGCGUGGUUACAGGAGGCUGGAAGCUAAAGGUGGAGUCGAGGCUCACGCUAAUGAAAGAAGACACAACUCUUUAUCACGUUUUCAAGUUUCUCAAAGGCACAGUGACGAGGCGAAGAGGAAAGCUCGACCUGGAAAAGGACCGAGAGAAGAAGUUUGGCAACACGAACUCUGCUUUCUGUGAUGUUGAGCUGGACUUAACCAAAAGCAGUGUUUCCUCGUGA